GUUUUUUUUUAUUUUUUUUUUUUUUGUCGUAAGUUAUAUUGCGUGUGUACCAUGAUAGAUUCGAACUGCCCGUCCAAACAACAUUUAUCGAUACCAAAAUUUAUUUUUAUGGUUUUCGAUCGAUGAAACACGUGCAGAUUACUAUUUCACGUCCGGGUAUCGUACAUGUAGCAUCCCUUUUAAGUUAAGGAUAACUAUAUUAUCUUCUUCUACCCGCCCCUGCUAAUCUACAGAUGAUAAAAAUGGCGACUCUCGCCGGAAUCGGCUGUCGGACUCGUAUAACUCUCCCAGAACUCUUCCCACAAUCAAGACUAGUCCGCCCAUCCCUACAAACCCGCAAAACCACCAACACCUUCAUCAGCAUCUCCUACAUCCCAAAACGAUCGUUCUCAAUAUCCGCAUCAAUUUCCGACAUUAGUAACGGCGUCAAUGACCGUCAAGUCCGCGUUCGUUUUGCUCCGUCUCCCACCGGUAAUCUUCACGUCGGUGGCGCCAGAACUGCUCUCUUCAACUACCUUUACGCUAGGUCAAAAGGGGGAAAGUUUGUGUUGAGGAUAGAGGAUACUGAUUUGGAGAGAUCAACUAAGGAAUCUGAGGAAGCUGUGUUAAGAGAUCUUUCUUGGCUAGGCCUUGAUUGGGAUGAAGGUCCUGGAAUUGGUGGUGAUUAUGGUCCGUAUAGGCAGUCGGAAAGGAAUGAUUUGUAUAAACAGUAUGCGGAGAAGCUUUUACAAUCUGGGCAAGUUUAUAGAUGCUUUUGCUCAAAUGAGGAACUCGAACAAAUGAAAGAAAUCGCAAAGGAAAAAAAUUUACCUCCUGUGUAUUCUGGAAAGUGGGCCACUGCUACUGAUGAGGAAGUUCAAGAGGAGUUGGCAAAGGGAACCCCGUUUACCUACAGAUUCCGCGUUCCUAAGGAAGGGAGUUUGAAAAUCAAUGACUUGAUUAGAGGGGAGGUUAGCUGGAAUCUAGACACACUUGGGGAUUUUGUAGUUAUGAGGAGUAACGGCCAACCAGUAUAUAAUUUUUGCGUAACCGUUGAUGAUGCUACCAUGGCUAUUACACAUGUUAUAAGGGCAGAAGAGCACUUACCUAAUACGUUGAGGCAAGCAUUGAUAUAUAAGGCUCUGGGGUUCCCGAUGCCUUCUUUUGCACACGUUUCAUUGAUUCUUGCCCCUGAUCGGAGCAAACUGUCGAAAAGACACGGUGCAACUUCAGUAGGGCAGUAUAGGGAAAUGGGCUAUUUGCCUCAAGCGAUUGUGAAUUACCUAGCAUUGUUGGGCUGGAGUGAUGGGACUAAUGACGAAUUUUUUACACUGGAGCAGAUGGUUGAAAAGUUCUCGAUUGACCGCGUCAACAAAAGUGGAGCCAUAUUUGAUGCAGUAAAAUUGAGGUGGAUGAAUGGCCUGCAUUUGAAAGCUCUUCCCGCAGAGGAGUUGUUAAAGUCCGUCGGUGAGCAAUGGAGGAGUGCUGGCAUCCUCAAUGAAUCAGAAGGGGUUUUCAUACAAGAUGCUUUUAAGCUCUUGGAGGGCGGGAUGGACUUGAUAACAGAUGCUGAUAAGUUACUUUUAGACUUGCUAUCUUAUCCUCUCCAUGCUACUCUGUCAAGUUCUGAAGGUAGAGAAAUCUUAGAAGACGGUCUUCCUGCGGUUGCAUCGAGCUUGUUAGCUGCAUAUGACAGUGGUGAACUUUUAGGUGCACUUGAAGAAGGAAAAUCCGGGUGGCAGAAGUGGGUGAAAGCCUUCGGGAAAUCAUUAAAACGCAAGGGAAAAUCACUGUUCAUGCCCCUGCGAGUUUUGCUGACCGGAAAACUUCAUGGGCCUGACAUGGGAGAGGGCAUAGUUUUGAUUUAUAGAGCUGGGACUAGCGGCAUUGUGGCCCCUCAAGUGGGGUUUGUGACAUUGGAACAACGGCUCGAAUCGUUGAAACAGGUUGACUGGGAAGCAUUUAGCAAGGUGGAGCCUGCUACUGUUGCUUCUCACUGAGCUAUAUGGUUUUUGUGGUUUACUUGGGCCAUUUCAUUGAGGAAAAUAAGUCGGAUUUUGUAGAAUAUAGUCAGUCAGUCGUUAUUUCAUUUUGUUUGAUAGUUCAGAGUAUAUUAACUGCAUUGGAUUGUUUGGGCGUUGUAUUAUAUGUUUACACAAUCGCGCAACAUGUUGGGUCGCUCAUGUUUCGGGUUUGACCCGUUUGCUAUACACUAGUUAGAGUAAUGUUCAACUUUUAGUGUAGAUUUAGUAAGAAAUAUUUAAUAUAUUUGAUA